UUAUGCAAGCAUAUUUUCUAAACCUCCUAUCAAAACCAAAAAUGCUUGAUGAUUCAAAAGGGUUUCUCCUUGGUAUCCAGUUCCUUGUUGAUUUUUUUUGUAAUUCCUUCCCUUUCCUCGGAAAAGAGGAUGGCAUUUCUCUACACUUUUUGGAUCUUAACAACUCGCUUCUUCAUAUACAAUAUCAAGAGUCUUGAGAGACAGGAACCAAAAAAACUUAUCAAGUCUCAAAGAAAAACAUGGGUCGUCGUCAAUACUUGCUAUGCUUCUUCUUCUUGUGCCUAAUUAGCAGUGAUCAAGGUCUAGUCAAGGGAGUCGUAGGGCUGGCAUGUAACUGGGGGACUCAGUCCACUCACCCACUUCAGGCUAACAUAGCGGUCAAGCUUUUGAAAGAAAAUGGUUUUAAGAAGGUGAAGCUGUUUGAGGCUGAUCCUGCUGCACUCAAGGCACUAGGGAAGUCUGGUAUCCAAGUUAUGGUUGGGAUACCAAAUGAGUUUCUAGCACCCCUAGCAAGUAGUGUUCAGGUUGCUAUAAACUGGGUCCAACAAAAUGUAUCCAGCUAUAUAUCCAGAUAUGGGACUGAUAUUAGGUAUGUAGCUGUGGGAAAUGAACCUUUCCUCCAGACCUUCAAAGACACUUUCCUUAACACAACAUUUCCAGCACUUCAAAAUAUUCAAGCAGCCUUGAUAAAAGCUGGAUUAGGGAGGCAAGUAAAGGUCACGGUACCAUUAAAUGCAGAUGUGUACCAGACAGACAGUGGCCUACCUUCUGGUGGCAACUUCCGAUCAGAUAUCCAUGGCCUCAUGAUCUCUAUCAUCAAGUUUCUCAGUGACAAUAAUGCUCCCCUUACCAUUAAUAUCUACCCAUUCCUCAGCCUUUAUGCUGACCCCCAUUUCCCGGUCGACUAUGCCUUCUUCAACGGCACCUCUGCCCCAGUUGUCGAUGGUUCCAUAUCUUACACCAAUGUCUUUGAGGCCAACUUUGACACCCUCAUUUCAGCUCUUGAAAAGAACGGUUUCUCAUCAAUGCCUGUCAUUGUUGGUGAGGUUGGAUGGCCAACAGAUGGUGACCGCAAUGCAAAUAUGGACUAUGCUCGCCGGUUCAAUCAAGCCCUUGUCGAUCGUAUAAAUCAAGGCCAAGGCACCCCAAAACGUAAAACUCCACCAGAUAUCUACCUAUUCGCACUCACAGACGAGGAUGCGAAGAGUGUCCGACCUGGAAAUUUCGAAAGGCACUGGGGUAUCUUCUAUUAUGAUGGAGCCAUCAAGUACCAAAUGGAUAUGGGUAAUGGUAAACCUCUUGUUCCAGCGAAAGGUGUAAGAUAUUUGGCGAGGCAGUGGUGUGUAAUGUCACCUGAAGCCAGCAUUUCUGACCCCAACUUGCCUAACAGCAUUGCCUAUGCCUGCAAUUAUGCAGACUGCACAAGUCUGGGAUAUGGAUCUUCCUGCGGUACGCUAGAUGCUAAAAGCAAUGCAUCUUAUGCUUUUAACAUGUACUAUCAGACCGUGGAUCAAAGGAAUGGUGCGUGUUCUUUUUCUAAUUUAUCAACCCUUACAAAAGUUGAUCCAUCUCAAAAUCCUUGUCGAUUUGAGAUCAUGAUGGAUCUAGGAAAGCACGAGACACCUCCUAGACGUUCAUUUGCAGGAGGAAAGGAAAAUCCGGCAGCAAUGAUGGCUUUCAUAUCGGCGCUGAUAUUGAUCAUUUGUGGUGCUUACUGAGUUCGUUGGUGACAAAGCCAGCACCAAAGCAUAUUCCAGGCCUCAUUCAUCUUCAUGGAGAUUUGUAGACGCCACAUAUAGCUUAGUUUUUGAAAUCUUAAUUUUACUUUACUCCAGCUUCUUUACAAGAAAAUGUAAAUUCUACUGUUCGAAUCAUUACAUGUGAAAGAAAAUGGGAGUUGGCUAUUUCAUA